AUGGGCCAAGGUGUAUCUAGUGAAACACAAACGCAAGCCAAAAAUGCGACUUUUGGCUCAGAAACCGACUUACUUUCUUAUUACGAUAAACUCGCUUUGAAACUCAUCACCGCUCCCGAAUUUGUCUCCUUCAAAUCCAAUGCUAAUGUUUCUGAGAUUUACGAUGAAGUCUCAUGCGAAAUGUUGAUGAAGCUGUUGUCUGUUGGCUCCGAAAACAGUGUCUUGGUCGAGUGUCUGUUCAAUUUAAUGCGCGUGUUGUCCAAUUUUCCCCUGAUAAAAGAUAGCUACGCUCCAUUGACUUAUGUGGGCAUUUUGAAAUGCUGCUUGCUGCUCGACAAAGAACGAUGUCCCAAGUUUGUUGGCCGCAAAAAUUUUGACCAGGCGCGACUGCUAUUCGUUGCACUGGCCCUUAACAAAUCAGUAAAAGAACUUUCUUCGUCUCCGGCGUCUACAACUCCACUUGAUUCUAAUUGCAUAGUUGAAAAUCUGAACGGAGUUGAUUUGGAAGAUCUUUAUGUGCCCUCAGAUAUGAUGCUUGAAUUUUUGACGUUUUUGUUGCGUAUUUCGCCAUAUUGCUUGACUAAAAACUCUAAACUACCGAAGGAUUUGUAUGACAAUUGGCCUGAAUUUAAGACAUAUGCCCUCAAUAUUUUACGAACAAUGAGUCCCAACAUUGCUGGCAUGGCCGAUUUGUCGGGCAAAGUCAUCACCUGUCAACAGUUUACGGGAGCGGUCAAGACUUUCUUCCCUCAAUUGUUAGAUCCGCUUGGAACGUUUGUUCAGCAUGUUCUGUUUCUGAAUCGCGACCUAGUUGUCACCGUCGAAAAGUUAACAACAUCGUUACAAAAGUCUAAGCUAGUCAACGACGCACUUCUAUCGCAAAUGGCCACAAUUUGGCAAAGACAACUUUUGUUUUCCACUCUACAAAAGCUUUACGUCGGUCGAGAAUCAGGAUUUUCGAUGCGAUCUUUCCAAUCAAAAGUUUUCAAGUGGAUGGCACCUUCAAUUCUUUUAGUAAGUGGCAUGCGAGUCGCCGACGACGUUGAAUUCGCAAGGUCGAAUCAAAGAUAUAGAAAGUUUCUGGAAGAAUACCCACGGUUAAAAGAUCUCGACCAGCAUUUAGAUACGGCUUCGCGCGGAAAGCGGAAAGUUCUAUUCGCGGUUUAUGUUGAUGAACCAUGGAGGGUUACCAAUAAGGCCCUUUUUGGGAAUUUGAAGACCGCCAUACUUCAACUGGGUCCGAAACAAAAUCUAUUUCAAGCAACUCGCGAUGAAAAUAUCUACUUUAACACGGUUGGUGGUGGGAUUGGUAUUGGAAAUUCACAACCGGCUUUGCAUGGUCCCUCCAAGCGUUUUAGGCCAGGAAAUGUAUCUUUAACAGUCGAUUCUAACCUAGAAUUCGGGGCAUUCAGAAACGUUGGAUAUGGGGGUAGUAUUGUACCAAAUAAUGAAAUUUAUGCUGCAAGUGACCAUCAUGCGUCUUACGAAUACAGAUUUUUAAUACAAGAUGUUGAGGUUUGGGGCUGCGGGGGUGAGAAAGAACUCGAGGAACAGCUUAAGAAUUGGGAAUGGGAAGAGGCAGAGGCCAAAAGGAGGCAGCGUAUUAAUCUCAAAAAUUUGAAUGAAGAACGCGCUAUACUCGAAAUGGCGGGCAUAAUAGGGCAAGCGCAAAGCGGUGGAUCCAUGUAA